UUUCACGAGCUUGCAAAAUAUAAAAGAUGGUCAGCCUCAGAAACUUCUUCACACAAUUCUCUCAACUGUCUUCAGCAGAGCAGCUCAGAACAUUCCAAAACAACAAAAAUGAAAUUCAUCGUCGCUUUCGCUUUCUUGGCCGUGGCCCUCGCCGCACCUCAAGGAGACAAGAAACCCAUCGAAAUUGUGUCGUCCAACAGCAAAAUGAAUGCCGACGGCAGCUACUCAUUCGAUUUCGAGUCUGCGGAUGGGACCAAAGUGUCUGAAAGUGGCAACCAGAAACAAGUUGGUCCCAAACCGGAGGAUAUCGGGACCGUGUCCAAGGGCUCCUACUCGUUUACGACUCCCGACGGCGUCGUCCUCACCGUCAAUUGGGUGGCCGAUGAAAACGGAUUCCAGGCCACCGGCGACCACCUCCCCACUCCUCCACCCAUGCCCGAGCACGUCGUCAAGAUGCUCGCAGACCUUAAAGCCGCCGGAGUCCUGUAAACGACCAAACAAAAUAUCCCGGAACCAUUAAUUCCCUGCGCAUUUAAUUUCUACAAGAUGAAACAUUAAGUUGUACAUAAAAAUAGCCAAUAAUUUGUGUGUUGCAUUUUAUAUUCGUGUGUUUCAACUUUAUGAGUGGCUGUAUUCCUGUACUUUUUGAUUGUACGAUUUUCCAUUAAAAAAUAAUCAAAUCCUA